AUAAUUAUAAUGAGCAACAUUUACAUUAAAGAGCCCUCAACCAAUGGCAAAGUUCUUUUGCAUACAUCACUUGGGGAUAUUGAUAUUGAAUUAUGGUCGAAAGAGGCACCUAUAGCAUGCAGAAACUUUGUGCAAUUAUGUAUGGAGGGAUAUUAUGACAAUGUUAUAUUUCAUCGCGUAGUGCCAGGUUUCAUAGUCCAGGGAGGUGAUCCUACUGGGACUGGAUCUGGUGGUGAAUCCAUUUUUGGUAAACCUUUCAAAGAUGAACUGCAUCAAAGAUUACGUUUUGUUCGAAGAGGACUCGUGGCGAUGGCUAAUGCUGGUCCAAAUGACAAUGCUAGCCAAUUUUUUUUUACUCUGGGUCCAUGUAAUGAUUUGAACAAAAAACAUACAAUAUUUGCUAAAGUUACGGGUGAUACUGUAUAUAACAUGGUUAGGCUUGGUGAGGUCGAUGUAGAUGAAAAUGAAAGACCUUUAAAUCCCCCAAUGAUAAAAUGGACAAAAGUUCUUGCUAAUCCAUUUGAUGACAUUGAACCCAGAGUAGAGCCUGAGAGAAAUAGGAAAAAGAAAGAUGAUAAAACAAAGGCUAAGAGUCAAUCUCGUGCCACAAAGGAUUACAAAUUAUUAUCCUUUGGGGAUGAAGCAGAGGUUGAUGAAGAAGAAUCCAUUGAAUUGGCCUUCAAAGGUUCAAAAAGUAGUCAUGACUUGGCAAAAGAUCCUAAAUUGAGUGCUGCACCAGCUAUUUCUAAACUUGAAGAAAAUGAUAAUGAAGAAACAUGUAAACGAGACAGAGACAAAAGUGAGUCUUCAUCGUCAGAUUCUACUGAUGAGUCUUCUUCAGGAAAAGAAGAAAAAAGGAAUUCUAGGCAACGAAUAAAAGACAAACUUACAGCAGCGAAAAGGGCAAAAAUAGAUAGGUCUGAUACAACUGAAAAGACGAUUUCUAAAGAAAACAUAAAGGAUGAAAAACUGAAACAACUUCGUAACGAGUCCAGAAUGCUUGCCAGAGAACUAGCAGGAAAGUCUAAAGAAAAUAUUGAAAAAGUUGAUUCAUCAUCUGGAAGUGACAAUGAAACUAAUACUGCAUCUUCAAAUCAAAUGUUUGCUGAAUAUAAAGCUCAACAGAAAAUCUAUCGGGAUAAAAUUGUUGGAACAAAUAAGAAAGGAUUGUCACGAGAACAGCAAACACUUGCAAUGUUGGGCAGCUUUCGUUCUAAGAUGUUGGCGGUAAAGGAAGAAGAGAGUAGUGAAGAUGAAGCUAAAGAUGAUGAUGACAACAAUUUCAAUGUUGUUGGAUGGAUGAAUCAUAAAUUUAAGAAUGUCGACCAUGAACUUAGAGAUGCUAAGGAUAUGAACAGAGAUGUUAAUGAAGAUAGAUAUGAAAUCACUGAUCCCAGAAAUCCUUUAAAUCAAAGGAGAAGAGAGAAUGAUAAAAAGAAAAAAGACAGUAGUAAAGAGAGGCAUAGAGAUAGCAGGAGAAAUGAAUCUUCUCGUCGUGAUCAUCAUCAUAGUGACAGACACCACCGCCAUAGGAGAUGAAUUCUUUUAUGGCCAUCUGUUUUGACUUUUGGAACAGUUAAAGUUGUCCAACGUUGAUAUAUUUUUGAACUGAAUAUGCGAUAACCAGAGUGUUGCUGAAAAAGGGUCAGCAAAUAAUAUGUGAUCAUAUUCAGGGAAUGGUGAAUGGCAAUCUCAUCUCUAGAAAUGUUCUUGAAGCUGAUAGAACAUAGUCAUCACAGGAAAAGAAUAAAUUAUAAAAUGCCAUAAAGUGAAUGAAAACAUUAAAUGUAACAAUUAUUUAUUGAUUAACCUGUAGAUUUUUUAUGGAAUAAUAUGGUUUUAGUUUUAUAUGAUUAUGGUUACCAUUUCACGCCAUAAUCACCCCAGUUAUGAACUAAAAUAUUUUUAGA